AUGAUCAGUAUUCUUGCGCCCCCGCCGCGCACUCUUCUAGCUCAAGGGAAGGCGAGCCGCAAGUUCUUCUCCGAUGAAGAUCGGAUUUUGCUUGAGGACCGGGAAACUACUCUCGAGGGUCAGGACAAAGCGAGUUUGUUACGCUUUAUACGGAAGAUGUUGCAGUGGGAGCCGGGGAAGCGUAGUUCCGUUAAAGAACUAGAAGAGGACGAGUGGAAUCGUAAGAAUACAUGA